AUGGAGUCCGUCCACAAGGACUUUGAGGCUGUUAAAAAGAGUGUUAUUUCCAAGGACCGAGAGUUCAAAGGCCUCAACGACGACCAUUCUAUAAGAGGUCGGAUAGUAUUUUAUGCUUUCCAUUUGACAUUACUCGUUGUUUAUUUCUUUUAUUCGAUAUAUAGAGGAUUCGAAUACGCUCGCAAUAAGAUUCGGAUAAAGUUGUUGAACCUCGCUUAUAACCCUGCUCAAACUCCACAAAUCAUCAGAGUUGACGUCAAUAAGCUCUCCAAGAUCCCUAAGCGUAUCAGCGCGGUUGUCAAUUUGAAGAGCGAGGAGGAAGAAGGCGGUGGCUUUUAUGGGCUAUUGAACGACUGUUCUGAGAUUGUUGCAUGGACCGUCGCCAGUGGGAUUCCUACGUUGUCCCUUUACGAACGCAGUGGAAUCUUGAAGCAGAGCGUUGAAGAGUUGAGAGUGGCUAUUCAUAAGAAACUCGAUGACUACUUCGGUUGUGAUUGUGUUCCAGUGUUCACCAUCUCCAUUCCACACUUGAACCAGACAUUUUGGGGACUUGAUCAUGAUGACGACGACGAAUACAAGUCGCUUGAGCCAGAUAUCGAAGUGAGUCUAUUGUCCUCGAACGAUGGUAAACCCACCAUUGUGGAAUUGACAAAAACAAUGGCUGAUCUAGCGUACAAGAAGGAAAUGUCUCCUAAGGAUGUCACCGUUCAAUUGAUCGAUAACGAACUUACCGAAUUGAUUGGCGCAGAACCAGACUUGAUCAUCUUAUUCACCCCAGUUCUUGAUCUUCAAGGCUACCCACCUUGGCAUAUCAGAUUGAGCGAGUUCUACUGGGAACCUGACAAUGAAGAUGUCACCUAUGCAAUCUUCCUUAGAGCUUUGCAGAAGUAUUCUACGUGCAAGAUCAACGUUGGUAAAUGA